CCAACAUCAACGCAAAACGUCUAUCAUCAUCUCUGACGAUGUUUUUCUUGAAACCGAACCGAACGUACGGAAGGCUUUGAAAACGUUCAAGGGAUGGGCACAUUAUGGGAUAGAACGAGGUGGAGGUCGAUUGUGGGAUUUGGCGUUGGGAUCACAACUGCAAAAGUCUUCUAGUUCCACACCCACAAGAGAAAUAGAAGAACCUGAUAGAAGAGCCCUUUUAGGAAAACGACCUUCAGAAGACUUGGUACUGGACGUCAUCAUUCUGUCCAAGCGACUCGUCAAGGAGGGCGUCUGCUGUUAUCAGGUUAUUGACCGAGAUCACCUGGCUAUGCCACCGUUGGGUGGUCUCACGUGUGAGUGUGCGGAAGAUGCCCACCAGUUUAUCAUGUAUGUGGAUAACCACAUGGACGCAAGACAAAACGAUGAAGCUCGAAGCGGACAAGCAAACAGUCCGGAUGCCGUUUCUUAUCAUGUUGCUCUUCAUCGGCUCUUCGUCGGCGAUCUGCUUCGAGUGAAAGUUCUCGAUUUAUGUAUAGCGGUUGUGAAUUCAAUCUAUUCAACAUCAGUUUCACCUCUAACGCUGGGUGAGAUCAUGCUGUAUAGUUGCAGUUGGAAUGUUGACUCCUUGUAGAGAUGAUGGAGGCAUCUCCAGUUCUAGCAGCAUUGAAUUUGAAAUGAAGUGGAAGUAAAGUAAGAUGUCUCAAGCUCCUCAAACCUUGUCCAUUCCUCCUUUUCUAAAUGAGGCAGAAAUACGCAGCAACAUCACAUAUCUUCGAGUAUCUACGCUAUUUCGCGAAGAAGAACCUACCACCCCCGCAGCUGUGGAAAACUACCAAGUUCGACGACAAGCUCUUCGAUAUGAAAUGCGAGAGCGUCUAGAAAACGGGUCCUUGGAAAAUCGAGGACAACAUGUCGAUGGUGCAGCCGACGAUAAAACUACCACGCGUGUGGUGAAAGUAAUCAAGUGCAUUCAUCUCCCGGAAGGACAUAGUCACAAUUCGAGUGGUCGUCCUCCGUUUACUGGUGCAGCUGUAACCUCCACAGUCACGUCUCCUGCUUCUUCUCUACUCGUCUACGACUUACAUGCCCAUCGUUUAGAAACCAUAAGUCGUGCUAUUUGCGAUGAACUCGCAGAUUAUGUCGAAGUACCCGCUGUGGUCGAUGUGAAGAACAUUGAUUCCGAUCGAGCUCAAGAUGCAGAUAGAGACUUUCAGAAUAUGGAAGUAGAGGACUCUCCGGCAGACGAACAGGAACAACCAAAAAGGAUCACCAAAACGACAUUCCCAAUACCUACAGGAGUUGGGGGGAUUCAGAAAGCAAUAUCAGAAGGCGACUUUCUUCUUGUCACUACAACGACAACCGCGACUGUCAACACUGAUACCGAACAAGUAGGAGCUGUCAACACUUCUGAUAUCCAACAGAGGACGGCUUGCCUCCCGUAUCCGUCGUGGGGGUUCCAUGCUCGAGAGAUGCAGAGUCACUUACGCGAGAUAGAGCCUUUACAAGCAAGUGGUGGAACUGGACUGUAUGAUAUUGGGGCUUUUAUAGUCAUUGUUCGUCUACUGUUACUGUUUGAGAACUGUAGUUGUUUUCUUUGCUGGAGAAAGGUCAAUCAGAUAGAAUUUCGGCAGACACAUGCUUGCGUUACAGCAAGAUAAUUAUCGCAAGUCGAAAUUCUUCCCUCUUGAAGAUCUUCCCCAACAUGAUGAGAUUCUCAGUCCGUGAGUACAACUAGACCCACCAGCACUCCUCCAUUGUCAUUCAUAGAAGUUGGGAGCCGCCACUUGUUCCAGGUGUGCAGGAUAAAGACCCUCGUCCUUUGUUUCUGGUUCCACCAAGGGCCACGAGCAGCGGCAGAAAGCGGCUUGAGGCAGUGGCAUUUAGGACGAGAAAUGCGUUACGUCGAAAACAACGACUUCUUAAUCGACGAAACCAAACGAGAGAGAACAAGAACAAUAGCGAAGAAAUAAGAGGAGCUCCUUUGCUGGAGAAGGGCCCAGACUUGAUUGAGGAAAUUUCCUCGUCGGAUGACGAAACCGAGCAGGCCUUUGACGUGGAUGGGCUGGGAAACAUGAAGGGGGGAACUUCGUUACUUGUGUCAGAUGAUGACGACGACGAACGAAGUACCUCUAGCUCUACCUCCGACAAGGUGGAGCACCUUAUUCAAAUACGCCAGAAGAUACUUCACCAAGUUGGGCAAGGGAGGUCAACAUCUCUUCGUAAUCAUAACAACGCAGGAGCUUUCAUCAGAGGUGGCAGCAACUCAGGACAGGACGAUAAGAAACUGAAGAUGAAGAAACGAGAAACAGAAAUCGUGAAGAUGCUUGACAUUCUUGAUGAUGCGAUUCAUCCACAUCCUCGAUAUAGAGUAAGGAGUGUGCAAGAAUUUCUUUCACAGAGGACAAAGAAGCACACACCUCAUAGUGGGGAACCGAAACCGAUUCCUCCGAUCGUCGAUUUAAAAAUAAGCCCCGGCAUGCGCAUCGUUGAUGUUUGGCCGAAGACCGCGACAGGCGCUGUUUUCUUCGAGAAAGUGCCGGCUGCGCGAGACUUUGACAUAGACCACGUUCUUGAUAAAGACCGCAAGAAAUGCGCCACAACCAGUACAAGAACAGCAGGCUGUGCAGUAAGUAGGCUUGAGAGUAUCCGUUUGGGCUUUUCGAUCAUCGAGGAGCAUAACCUUCAGGGCACAGGAGCGUCAGCAACAACCGGAUUCGGCUUUCAGAACAACCACCAGCCUCCCCAACGGUCAUCGAUUCCAGUGGUGUUGUACUUAUGCUAAGUGAAGAAUACAAAGGGUGUAGUAAUUUUUCUAGACACGACAUUAUGCAUAUGCUGCUUCGAAAUGUUCAUGUUGAUGUUGGACAGACCACCAGCAUAGAUAAAACUAUUAUUGAAUGACUCCUCCUCUCCCUCUAAUACCCGCAAACACACGAUCGCAGCUCCUCAGCGCUUUCGGAAUACAACAGCUUGUUUUUACGCAAUGGGAAAUUGAAAGUGUGCUCUACCCUAUAGUACAGCAAUUGCUAAAUCGCUUGCCCUUUAUCGACCCGGACAGCGUUCUCAGAAUAUCUACGCAAGACAUUUUGGUCCCACGGCAAACGACACACCGAGCUUUUCCUGUAAUGCUUGGUCAGACGCUGGUGAAUAGGUUUUGUGAUGCGAAGUGGCUGGCUGAGCGGUCUGACUUUGUAACUUGCAAGGUCUUGGGUCUACUUCAAGACUCAGCCGCGGUUCGUCUUGAAAAACAACACGAGAAAGAAGCGACUGGUAACGAGCAAAGUGAGAUUGAUCAAGUUGGAAGAGAAGAACAAUUGGUAGAAAAUAUUGAGGAAAAGGUCAACAAAGAGAAAGAGCAGGAACACGAUUUUUCGAAAAGUAUAUUUGGGUCGUCUAGCUCUAGUGGAGGAAAGAGAGGGCUGCAAGGGAAAGGACCACAAGGAGAUGCUCCUAAGCCGCCAGACACCAGAGCACAUACCUCAAACUCAGACGUCUUCAAAGGACAGACUCAGACUACAUGGACAGACGAUAUGCAAGACGACGAUGACGAGGAAGAGUUCAUAAUAGAACUCGAACCUCCUCCUAUAGACGCCGGUAUUGGUGGAACUAGAAGUGUGUCUUCAAUAUCUGCAACCGGUUCUAGUACUGCUGUUGACGACGAAAAAAUGAUAUCAACUGGUGCUCUAGAUAUCUUGACAGAGAUGAUUAAGCAGCAUGAGUGUCUGAGAUCAGGGUCAGCAACGACAAUAAAGGAGUCUGUACUCAAUCCAACACACUGGAAAUGGAGUGGGACUCGACUUUUAUGGAGUUGAGACGUUGAAGUUGGUUUUUGAUCAUUUUAUACAGCAUUGAUAUUGAAGACCGCUCACGACACGAAGAUCUGUAUCUGUAUUUAU